CGUGGCGGUGCAGUUCCGAGCUCGCCUGCCCAGCGGCGCACACACCGCCUCCUCCCCGAGCACCGGGAACCGCCGAAGCUCCGGGCCGCCGCCGCCGCCGCCGCCGCCGCCGCCGCCGCAGGGCUCCGCGCUCUUGCCCGCUAGCCGCCGUCAGUCCUUCCCUCGUCAGAGCUCAGCCCGCAACUAUUUCCCUCUGCCGGCCUCUUUGAACUCUGGGUCUUUUCCUCCGCUCCCGUCUCUCGUAUUUUUCCCACCCUAUAUUUUCCCAACUCCUCUUCCUUUCUCCUUAGCCACCCUGCUUUUUUCUCCUCUUUUUAUUGAGGAUUUCUUCUUAAGAUGCCUUGUCUUCCUUACCUUCGUCCAUUUCAGCCCUGAAGACUGAAAAGGAGGCUUUAUCUCUCCCCCAGUGGCAUUUAAAAGACCCCAAUCCUUAAAAGUCUAAAGAGGUAAAGAACAGGACGCGGAACCUUCUCGACACCCUUGAGUCCGGUCCCGAACUGCACUAUCCACCGUUACUAGUAUUUCAUUUAACCCCGGUGUAGAGGAGGGAGUAGGGAGCCGGGAGCAAACUUCAGCCGUCUCAGAGGAUCCCUGGUUCCCGCAUUUGGACGAGCCGCGAGCCAGAAGGCGAAGGAGCCCACGGGGAACGAGGAGGAAGCGCGAGCCUCUCUCGCCCCCUCCGCGAGGCGGGAGCCGUGGACUGAGCGGCGCGGGACAGCGGCGGCGGAGGCGGCGAAGAGAAGAUGAGGGGCUCGGGGCCCCGGGGUGCGGGACGCCGGCGGCCCCCGGGCGGCGGCGGCGACCUACCCAGCACCCCCGCGUCUCUGGCCGGCUGCUACUCCGCACCUCGCAGAGCCCCCCUCUGGACUUGCCUUCUCCUGUGCGCCGCGCUCCGGACCCUCCUGGCCAGCCCCAGCAACGAAGUGAAUUUGUUGGAUUCACGGACUGUCAUGGGGGACUUGGGAUGGAUUGCUUUUCCAAAAAAUGGGUGGGAAGAGAUUGGUGAAGUUGAUGAAAAUUAUGCCCCUAUCCACACAUACCAAGUAUGCAAAGUUAUGGAACAGAAUCAAAAUAACUGGCUUUUGACCAGUUGGAUCUCCAACGAAGGUGCUUCCAGAAUCUUCAUAGAACUCAAGUUUACUCUGCGGGACUGCAACAGUCUUCCUGGAGGGCUGGGGACCUGUAAGGAAACUUUUAACAUGUAUUACUUUGAGUCAGAUGAGAAUGGGAGAAACAUCAAGGAAAACCAGUACAUCAAAAUUGAUACCAUUGCUGCUGAUGAAAGCUUUACAGAACUUGAUCUUGGUGACCGUGUCAUGAAACUGAAUACAGAGGUCAGAGAUGUAGGACCUCUAAGCAAAAAGGGAUUUUAUCUCGCUUUUCAAGAUGUGGGUGCUUGCAUUGCUCUCGUUUCCGUUCGUGUAUACUAUAAAAAAUGCCCUUCUGUGGUACGACACUUGGCUGUCUUCCCUGACACAAUCACUGGAGCUGAUUCUUCACAGUUGCUUGAAGUGUCGGGCUCCUGUGUCAACCAUUCUGUGACAGAUGAACCACCCAAAAUGCACUGCAGCGCUGAAGGGGAGUGGCUUGUGCCCAUCGGGAAAUGCAUGUGCAAGGCAGGAUAUGAAGAGAAAAACGGCACCUGUCAAGUGUGCAGACCUGGGUUCUUCAAAGCCUCACCUCACAGCCAGAGCUGCAGCAAAUGUCCACCUCACAGUUAUACCCAUGAGGAAGCUUCAACCUCUUGUGUCUGUGAAAAGGAUUAUUUCAGGAGGGAGUCUGAUCCACCCACAAUGGCAUGCACAAGACCCCCCUCAGCUCCUCGGAAUGCCAUCUCAAAUGUUAAUGAAACUAGUGUCUUUCUGGAAUGGAUUCCUCCUGCUGACACUGGUGGAAGGACAGAUGUGUCAUAUUAUAUUGCAUGCAAGAAGUGCAACUCACAUGCAGGUGUGUGUGACGAGUGUGGCGGUCAUGUCAGGUACCUCCCCCAGCAAAUCGGCCUGAAAAACACCUCUGUCAUGAUGGUGGAUCUGCUUGCUCACACAAACUAUACCUUUGAGAUUGAGGCAGUGAAUGGAGUGUCCGACUUGAGCCCAGGAGCCCGGCAGUAUGUGUCUGUAAAUGUAACCACAAAUCAAGCAGCUCCCUCUCCAGUCACCAAUGUGAAAAAGGGGAAAAUUGCAAAAAACAGCAUCUCUUUGUCUUGGCAAGAGCCAGAUCGCCCCAAUGGAAUCAUCCUGGAGUAUGAAAUCAAAUAUUUUGAAAAGGACCAAGAGACCAGCUAUACAAUUAUCAAAUCUAAAGAGACAACUAUAACUGCAGAGGGCUUGAAACCAGCUUCAGUAUAUGUCUUCCAAAUUCGAGCACGCACAGCAGCAGGCUAUGGUGUCUUCAGUCGAAGAUUUGAGUUUGAAACCGUCCCAGUGUCAGUUGCAGCAUCCAGCGAUCAAAGCCAGAUUCCUAUAAUUGCUGUGUCUGUGACAGUGGGAGUCAUUUUGUUGGCAGUGGUUAUCGGCUUCCUCCUCAGUGGAAGUUGCUGCGAUUGUGGCUGUGGAAGGGCUUCUUCCCUGUGCGCUGUUGCCCAUCCAAGCCUAAUAUGGCGGUGUGGUUACAGCAAAGCAAAACAAGAUCCAGAAGAGGAAAAGAUGCAUUUUCAUAAUGGGCACAUUAAACUGCCAGGAGUAAGAACUUAUAUUGAUCCACACACCUAUGAGGAUCCCAAUCAAGCUGUCCAUGAAUUCGCCAAGGAGAUAGAAGCUUCAUGCAUCACCAUUGAAAGAGUUAUUGGAGCGGGUGAAUUUGGUGAAGUUUGUAGUGGACGUUUGAAACUUCCAGGAAAAAGAGAAUUACCUGUGGCAAUUAAAACCCUUAAAGUAGGCUAUACUGAAAAGCAACGCAGAGAUUUCCUGGGUGAAGCAAGUAUCAUGGGGCAGUUUGACCAUCCUAACAUCAUUCACUUAGAAGGUGUUGUGACCAAAAGUAAACCAGUGAUGAUAGUGACAGAGUAUAUGGAAAAUGGCUCUUUAGAUACAUUUUUAAAGAAAAAUGACGGGCAGUUCACUGUGAUCCAGCUGGUUGGUAUGCUGAGAGGCAUUGCUGCAGGAAUGAAGUACCUUUCUGACAUGGGCUAUGUGCAUAGAGACCUUGCUGCCAGAAACAUCUUAAUCAAUAGUAACCUUGUGUGCAAAGUGUCUGACUUUGGGCUUUCCAGGAUACUGGAAGAUGAUCCUGAGGCAGCCUACACCACUAGGGGAGGCAAAAUUCCAAUCAGAUGGACUGCCCCAGAAGCUAUAGCUUUCCGAAAGUUUACCUCUGCCAGUGAUGUCUGGAGCUAUGGGAUCGUGAUGUGGGAGGUUGUGUCUUACGGAGAGAGACCCUACUGGGAGAUGACCAACCAAGAUGUGAUUAAAGCUGUAGAGGAAGGCUACCGUCUGCCAAGCCCCAUGGACUGUCCUGCUGCUCUCUACCAAUUAAUGCUGGAUUGCUGGCAGAAAGACCGAAAUAGCAGGCCCAAGUUUGAUGAAAUCGUCAAUAUGUUGGACAAGCUGAUCCGUAACCCAAGUAGCUUGAAGACGCUGGUUAAUGCAUCGAGCAGAGUACCUAAUUUGUUGGCAGAACAUGGCUCACUGGGGUCUGGGGCCUACAGAUCAGUAGGUGAAUGGCUAGAAGCAAUCAAAAUGGGCCGAUAUACAGAGAUUUUCAUGGAAAAUGGAUACAGUUCAAUGGACGCUGUGGCUCAGGUGACCUUGGAGGAUUUGAGACGGCUUGGAGUGACUCUUGUUGGUCACCAGAAGAAGAUUAUGAACAGCCUUCAAGAAAUGAAGGUGCAGCUGGUCAACGGGUUGGUACCAUUGUAACUUCAGUUAAUUGUCACUUCGUCAAGUGAAUGAUUCUGCACUUUGUAAACAAGCCCUGAGAUUUAGUUUAACAAAUAAGAGGGGGUAAAAGGGAAAACUCAGUGAUUUCUAAACCUUAAGAAAGCGUUUGUUUCAGCCACAGAAUUUGCGAUCAGUGUUUUACUAAAAUCUCUUUA